ACGACGCCGAGGAUAUCGGAAUUGAAAAUCUCUAUUAAAGAUGUCAGAAUCCGCCAGCCAUCUCAUACGGCUACGCUAUCAGACGCAGCAUAACAUAUGGGGAAAAUGUGGAAAUCAGUCUCUCGUCCGCAAACUUGCUAUAUCAGGAUCACUAGCAAACCCAUUACUUGCAUACGAUCAGCCAUACGCGGAGCUAUGGAUGGGUACUCAUCCAACACUCCCUUCGCACGACUUUAACACGAAUCGUCCUCUUCUCAAAAUCAUACAAGAGAAACCUCAUUUACUAUCAGAAACGAUAUCCCAUCGGUUUGGAACCGACCUUCCAUUUCUCUUCAAGGUGCUUUCCAUAAACAAAGCGCUCAGCAUCCAGGCCCAUCCUGACAAGGUACUUGCUGAAAGACUACAUCUUCUAGACAGUGCCGUGUAUCCAGACAAAAAUCACAAACCAGAAAUGGUUAUUGCACUUACUACGUUUGAGACGCUAUGUGGAUUUCGCUCAGUUGAAGAACUAUCAGGCCUUCUAUCUCGGAUCGGCCCAUUCCAACAGCUUGUCGGAGAUGAAGCUACUCAGGGUGUACAUUUAGCGGCAAGGAUGGGAAAUGACAGUGAUCAAGAGGCAGAAAUAGCUAUCAGAAAUGCUUUUGUUGCCUUGUUAGCUGCAGACAGCGAAAGAGUCAAGGCAUGCUGUAGAGAACUUGUUGUCUUGGCGCAAUCAUCCAAAGAACGAAGGAGUCAAAAUACGGGCCUUGAGUCUCCGGGCCUCGCUGAACUUGUUAUUCGAAUCUACGAAGAACACCCCGACGAUAUAGGGCUAUUCAUCAUGUUCUUCAUGAAUCAUGUAAGAUUAGAUCCCGGAGAGGCAUUGUUUAUUCAGUCUGGUGAAUUGCAUGCAUAUCUCAAAGGAGAUGUUAUAGAGUGCAUGGCAUCCUCUAACAACAUCAUUCGAGCUGGUUUCACUCACAAAAUCAAAGAUAUAGAACACCUUAUACCUCUGCUUAAUUUCUCCGACGGUCUUCCUAGAAGAAUUGCGCCCGUACCUAACAAUGGAGUCAAAUUUUCUGAGCAUCAGUCACCGUCUGUUUCGACCGCUGUCUUGUACAAUCCCCCAGCGGAGGAGUACAAAGUUGGAAGAAUAACCUUAGGUCAUAAAGGGACACAAGCAAAUUUCGGCCCAACGAUUGGCCCGAGCAUUCUCAUUUGCGAGCAGGGCAAAGGAACAAUUAGCGUUGACGGGAACAUUGAUAAUAUUGAACUUGGUUAUGUUUUCUUCCUUGCUGAUGGGGCGUUUGUGAAACUGGAAAACAGUAGCGACGAGUUGUUUAUUUCUUACGGAGCCUUUUGUGGAGCCGGUGGGGCGUGAGAUAUGAGAUUGCGUGCCAAAAAGCCCAUAUUACAUACUUUUCUUGGUCAUCUUUAAGAGAAAUGGAAGUGAUAUGGUUUGAUAUAAUGAAUGAAAAUCU